UUGGGCAGGCUGCUGCUCCGCUGGAUCGCUGCUGCUAUCCUCAGUGCGCUGUCUGUCUCUCUCUCUCUCUCUCUCUCCCCCUCCCUCUUCUCGACCAUUCCAGCUCCCGCCGCGCCGGUGGACGGCGCACCCCAGGCGUCAACGGGAUGGUGGUGCUGGUGGCUACUGCCGCUCGGUGGCCCGGGGGAGGCACGGCCGUCCGCGCGCGCCCGCCGGCUGCGAGGGCGAGGGGUCCCCGUCGCGUCGCCGCCGCGGAGCCCGAGCAGAAGUCAGCGGCCACGGUCAGGUUUGUAAAAUGUAGGUUGUUAUCAUGGAUGAAACCAAUAAGGCAUGACGUCAGGGCCCAAAUGUCCAAUGUAAAUGUUGGUGCUGGGAGUUAUGGAGAAGAUGAAGCAAAUAGCCGUGGAGAACGUUUGGAUACCUCUUCUACCGGAGACCCCAACAAACUAGCAAAACAACUUUCAGGGUCUCGUUACCUGCAAUCCAUUGGUGCCGUGCUACUUCUGUGUGCCCUGGCAGCUAGUUUUUUUGUUUUGUUUAAAGGACAAUCGUCUGCAGUUGUAGCUAUGCUGGCAAAAUCAGGUUUCACGGCAGCAUUUACACUGAUUUUGGUAUCUGAGAUUGGAGAUAAGACGUUUUUCAUUGCUGCACUACUAGCGAUGCAAUAUCAAAGAGCACUGGUUUUACUUGGGUCAAUGGCUGCUCUCUCCCUGAUGACUAUUGUGAGUGUUAUAAUUGGACGGAUUUUCCAGUCUGUGCCAGCACAGUUUCAAACAACACUACCCAUAGGAGAGUAUGCUGCGAUUGCUCUGCUGGCAUUCUUUGGUUUCAAGUCAAUAAAAGAUGCAUUAGCACUUCCUGAUAAUGCCAACGGAAACCUUCAGGGGAACUCAGAAAGUGGGGAACUGGCUGAGGCCGAGGAGCUUGUCAAGGAAAAGGUUUCUAAAAAGCUCACCAGUCCUCUUGAUGUCCUUUGGAAGUCCUUCAGUCUUGUUUUCUUUGCUGAGUGGGGAGAUCGCUCUAUGCUUGCUACAAUUGCUUUGGGUGCUGCUCAGUCUCCUUUGGGCGUUACUAGUGGAGCCAUAGCUGGACACUUGAUUGCAACAGCCCUUGCUAUUCUUGGGGGAGCAUUCCUGGCUAACUACUUGUCUGAGAAGCUGGUUGGCUUGUUAGGAGGAGUAUUAUUUUUGCUCUUUGCUGCAGCGACGCUUUUUGGUGUAUUCUAAUCUGUCUGAAGAAUCUGUGGUUAGGGAAAGACUUCGCAGUUCCGAGUGUGGUCUUAGAUUUUGAUGAAGAUGAGGGGCAAACCCAAGUAGGCUUUGCACAUGUUGUAUGUAGAUAGACGUUAUCUUUUGAGUUCCAUGAGAUGAUUUCAAUGUGCCAAAAAAUCUCUCAGACUGGAAACCUGCAUCAUAUGGACAAUUUACAGAUGUUACCAUUCAAAUAAUUUAAUUAGAUUUGUUUAAUGAGAAAUUACGUGCUAAGGAUCUA